GCCUUACUGCGAAGAUCUUCCGCGUUCACUGCAGUGCGAAUCUUGUUUCAUCCAUUAUCCGUAUGCGUGACGAAAUCAGAGUUCCUGCCCUCAACUUCCCUAGACUCUAACAGAGUCCCUUGUUAAGCUAUGGCAUCGGAUCAAACAGCGUUGCAACGGGGCAAUGACGGCACUAUGGAUCAACCGAGCAGCAUACGGUUGUCGUUAAUUCUGAUUGGGCUCUGUCUAGCUGUGUUCUUGACAGGAAUGGACCAAACAAUACUUGCUACAGCUACGCCAAUCAUUAGCAACGAAUUCAAAGCUCUAGAUGAUAUAGCAUGGUGGUCCAACGCUUAUCUCCUUACUCUGAGCAGCUUCCAACUGUUCUACGGGAAGCUCUACAGCCUUUUCUCUAUCAAGCUUGUGUACCUUACCGCAAUCGCGCUCUUCGAGGUUGGGUCGCUGAUAUGCACCACCGCCCCCAACUCGAUAGCCCUAAUUAUCGGCAGGGCCAUCGCUGGACUUGGGGCGGCUGGCGUUUUCUCAGGUGGAAUAUUGAUCACCACCAAGCUGAUUCCCUUAUCACGACGUGCCGCAUACCUAGGCAUCAUGUCGGGCGCCUUUGGCCUCGCAGCUAUUGUAGGCCCCUUUCUGGGUGGCGCUCUAACGGAUCGAACGACAUGGAGGUGGUGCUUCGGUAUCAACUUGCCCUUAGGCGCUGUUACAGUCGUACUCUGCGCCGUGCUAGUUCACUUACCAAAGGAACCGGAAAUUCAAUCUAUCGGUCUGGUCAAUAAAUUCAAACAGCUUGAUAUCCCUGGGACAAUUUGUUUGGUUGGAUCCUUGAUCUGCCUCUUGAUGGCCCUGCAAUGGGGAGGUUCCUCCUAUCCGUGGAAUAGCUCACGCGUCAUCGCGCUGUUUGUCGUUUUUGGAAUUCUCUUGAUUGUCUUUAUAGUCACACAGAUGACAAUGAUAACGGGCAAUUCGCGCACCAUUCCGGCGAGCUUACUAAAAAAUCGUGACAUCUGGCUGGCUGCAAGCUAUGCCAUGUGUAUGACCGGCGGUGUUUACGUUGCGAUCCUCUACCUCCCAGUUUGGUUUCAAGCGAUACGGGGCUCCUCAGCUCUCUCAUCAGGAGCCAUGCUUACGCCAUUGAUCGGUGGUUACGUUGUUUGUUCCAUCAUUUCUGGUGGUGUCACCAGUGCAAUCGGCUAUUAUAACCCCGGAAUGAUCAUAGGCACUGCGCUCUCGAUCGCCGGAGCUACGUUGCUUACCACGAUCCACAUGGACUCUUCUAUAGCCAAAAUUGUUGGUUACCAACUGCUAUAUGGAUUUGGCGUCGGGUUUGGUUUUGGCCAGCCGAGUUACGUUGUUCAGACGAUACUGCCCCCUUCCGACGUACCGAUUGGCGUAACUUUCAUCACCCUAAUGCAGAACCUCAGCGCGUCUAUCUUCGUGGCUGUAGGGCAGAGCAUACUACAAGGAGAGCUACGUUCACGUCUCCAGUCAAUCUUACCCGACGUGAAUAUCCAAUCACUUCUGAAUUCAGGAGCUAGCGACUUUGCGUCCUCUCUACCUCCUGAAAGCCGACAGCAGGCUCUAUCGGUGUACAGCGUAUGUCUUGUCUCGACCCUUUACAUAUCCUUGGCGUUGAGCUGUACAUCGGUUGUAGGCGCUAUAGGAAUUAGAUGGUAUUCAAUGAAGAAGACGCAUGGCCAGACGAUAGAUGAUACGUCGGACCAGCCAGGUGGAAUACGGGACGGCGCAACAGCAGGGAAUAACGGCGAACAUGUCGAAAUCUCACCAACGGAUGGAGAGAGUUUCGCCGAAAUCAAGUAAGGGCCUCUUGAUGGGGUUACGUGUUGAAUCUUCUGUUGGAAUAUUAGGUGGCUGGGAGCCCACGGACGAACGACGGCGCUGUAUCUCAGGGGUAUAAUAGUAUGCAAUAUCUAUGGACGAAGACAUCAUCAAAAUUAUCCGGAGUUGGUGUUUUAUUGAAAGAUAUCAAGGUAAUUUAACCAGUACGAUAAAGCGCAAGAAUCUAGAACAUAAAGUUAAACGAACAUCAAUAAGGAAUGCUAAUAUGUCUUUCACUAGGCAGGUACCUAGCAAUUUGCGUUAGAAGGUAGAAUAUACCUACCUAAGCACACACAGAGGCUCCGCUCUGGUAGAUCGUAGCAUUAUUGGUACAAUUUAUAUAUUCUAGAUCUUGGACGCCAGGUUAGGUGAACUAUACCUAGGUACCUAGCUAUA